GUCAAUGAAGUGACCUCCCCUGGCUGUCUGCUUUACGUCUAUCAGCUCUGGAGCAAUCGACAAACCGAAAAAAGAAUAAUGACAGAAUGUGGGUGUCAUCGAGGAAGAGCAGAACAAAGUAACAGAACAUGUGUACUAUUGCUGAAGGCUCCAAAAGAAGAUGAAGAAGAUCCUUACAUAAAUAUACUUGAGGAGGCAGGUUUUGAUGCAACAGUUGUUCCAGUGUUGUCAUUCAGGUUUGUCAAUCAAAAAGAGCUAGGUGCAGCAUUGCAACAUUAUGAAAGGCUCUCUGGCGUCGUUUUUACAAGUCCUCGUGCAGUUCAAGCAAUUUCCAAGGCCAUUUCAUGCAUGCCAGAUGAUGAAGCAGUCUUUGACCCGUCCUUACUUAGAUGUUUUGUAGUAGGACAUGCAACUGCAGAUGCAGCACAGGCACUAGGGUUCAAGACAGAAGGGGCUGAAGCAGGCAGUGGCAAGAAUCUUGCAGAACUUAUCAUCAGCACAGGGAACUCAAAUGACACAAGACCUCUUCUUUAUCCAUGUGCAAACAUCAGACGUGAAGCUCUCUUACAGCUGCUGCAUGAUGCGAAUUGUAAAACUAAGGAAAUAGUUGUCUAUGAAACCUGUGCUAGUGAAACAUUGGAUGAAGACAUCAAAUUAUUGAUUGAAACUAAGGGUAUACCUGAGAUUGUGGUGUUCUUCAGCCCUUCGGGAGUUCAGUUUACAGCACACCUGAUAAAGAGAGGCAUGAUACCUCUGCAAAAAAUAAAGGUGUGUGCUCUUGGUCCAUCCACACACCAAGCAUUGCUCAGUCAGGGCUAUGAAGUUAGUGGUGUUGCCAGUAAGCCAGACCCUGCCAGCCUUCUUAAACUGUUACAAGAAGUUGACAGAAAGAACUCAAUCUAGACUUCUAUUAUCAGCUGUACCUGCAUGGUGUGAUGAUGGUUGGGACUAUGUGUGUUUGAGAGUGCAGGAACAUACUUGCUUGGUUUGUUUUUAUAAUCAAUAUGAAUCACUGUGAUAGUCUUCUGUGAUCUCUAGAAGACCCUGAAACUUUUCUAUGAAGUAUGCAGAAGCAAUACAUUGGUAGAGGUAGAUUAAAUCUUUUGAAAUA